GCAGGAGCUCAGCCCCUCCGGCCAUGGAGCUGCUGUCCACCCCGAAAAACAUCGAGAUCAACAACAUCACCUGCGACUCCUUCCGCAUCUCCUGGGCCAUGGACAAGGGGGACCUGGAGAGGGUCACCCACUACUUCAUCGACCUCAAUAAGAAGGAGAACAAGAACUCCAACAAGUUCAAGCACCGGGACGUCCCCACCAAGCUGGUGGCCAAGGCGGUGCCGCUGCCCAUGACGGUGCGGGGGCACUGGUUCCUGAGCCCCCGCACCGAGUACAGCGUGGCGGUGCAGACGGCCGUCAAGCAGAGCGACGGCGAGUACCUGGUGUCCGGCUGGAGCGAGACGGUGGAGUUCUGCACCGGGGAUUACGCCAAGGAGCACCUGGCCCAGCUGCAGGAGAAAGCCGAGCUGAUCGCCGGCCGCAUGCUGCGCUUCUCCGUCUUCUACCGCAACCAGCACAAGGAGUAUUUCCAGCACGUCAGGAUGCACUGCGGGAACGUGAUGAAGCCGUCGCUGAAGGACAACAGCGGCAGCCACGGCUCGCCCACCAGCGGCAUGCUGCACGGCAUCUUCUUCAGCUGCAACACCGAGUUCAACACCGGGCAGCCCCCCCAGGACUCGCCCUACGGCCGCUACCGCUUCCAGAUCCCGGCUCAGCGCCUCUUCAACCCCAACACCAACCUCUACUUCGCGGACUUCUACUGCAUGUACACCGCCUACCACUACGUCGUCCUGGUCCUGGCGCCCAAGGGCUCCUCGGGGGACCUCUUCUGCCGGGAGCGCCUGCCCCAGCUGGACAUUUCCUCCAACAAGUUCCUGACGUGCUGCGUGGAGGACGGCGAGCUGGUGUACCGCCACGCCCAGGACAGCAUCCUGGAGGUCAUAUACACCGAGCCCGUGGACCUCAGCCUCGGCGUGCUGGGGGAGAUCAGCGGCCACCAGCUCAUGAGCCUCUCCACCGCCAACGCCAAAAAGGACCCCAGCUGCAAGACGUGCAACAUCAGCGUGGGGCGCUAAGGGCCGGCCGCGGGCAGGGCUGGGGGGCGCGGGGAGCACGGCACCCAGCCCGGCUGCUUCUGCGAAGGACGCUGCUGGGGGGAGGACGGGGCUGGACGGAGCUGCGGGGGGGACCCGUCGGCACCCCCGCCUUUUUGGGGAGGGACCCCUCAGCCGAGCCCCGAGGGAGGGAGCCUUCGUCUCCCGGACUGGCCGACCAUCCUCGUCCUCGCUGGCACGAGCUCUGCCCUCCGCCGGGGGAGCCCCUCGCCUUGCGCCCGCCGCCCCCCGGCUCCGGGGCUCGCACCCCGGCCCGCGCCGCAGCUCCUGGGGAGCCCCAGCCCUGCCUCCCGCCCCGGGGGGAGCCCUGCCCAGCCCAGCCCCACGCUGCCACCCCGCCGGGGAGGGCGGCAGCUCCGGCACGAAGGCUCCAAGCACCCCCGGAUUUGAACUGCUCCUUGCUCCCAACAAAAGCACAAGGGACCCUGGCCCCUCGCCCGGACCCCUGGACCCGGCUGAGCUCCCCCGUGGGGUGCUGAGCGCCCCGGGGACUCUCCAGCCGCCUUCGCCCCGCAGCCG